UCCUACCGCCUCCUCCCAGUCCGCCCAGCAGCGGACUCCGUCAUUUCGCCUCCUCGUCCCUCACUUGUUGGAUGUGUCCGUUUGAUUUUCAACGAGUUUAAGCUUCCCGGUGGUCUUUUGCCCUCUCGGAGUUCCGAGAAGACCGCAGCUGUGUGUGAAGGUUAAAGCGUUUUUACAGGUUACAUGCGCGUAAAAGCGCUUAUCCUGAAUCAUUGUACUCGUCCUUACCCGUCUGUUUGCUCCGGUCGCGUACCGUGACCAUGCUCCGUUUUUCGGUGGCUGCUGGUCGUGGUAGUCCCCACAGCCGUCCCUCUGACCUUUAGUUUGCUGGUCCCACGGCGGGAUUGUUGUGUUUUCCUAGCGGCGUUGUGCGCUCUGGACUCCGGCUCAUCCUUGGAGAAGUUCCGCCGCAGUCCCACGCACAGCGCUUCACUUGUCUCCUUGCGAUAAUGAUGCUGGUGGCUUUACACGGUCAAACUCCACAGGAUUAGUUGAACGAACGGACCAUGUAACCAGAUCAGAGAUGUUCAUACAGUGUGGCUCUCCAGCUCCUCUCAUCUUUGACCUCUGAUUUGACUUCUCUUCACCCUUACAACCUUCAAACACUCUUCGGAUGUGUUAAGCAACUUUGCUGAACAGUUUGAUGGAGAGCUGGUCGGAUGACAGCUGGAACUGUUGUCAUAACCGGAGGAAUACUGGCCACAGUGAUACUUCUGUGUAUCAUAGCUGUGCUCUGUUACUGUAGACUCCAGUACUACUGCUGUAAGAAGAAUGAGUCUGACAGCGGCUCCAUCUCCCAGCAACACUUUGCCUGCAACGCCUGCAGUGUCUCAGGCCUGGAGGGGUCGAUCGUCACCCCACUGUCCAUGUCUCCACCAGAGCCCCCCAGAUCCUCCGAUUCAACCAAACCCACAGGGGGACAACGUAGUUACUGCCCCACCUGCUCACCUUAUGACUCACCCUUCUACAUCCGUACCACUGAUGAGAUGCGCAACGGUGGCGAGCGCAUCACCUACAUGCCCACACACUAUGAGAACCAGGCGCUGGCAAUGCCGCUGCCCACCAUCCGAGGCUCCCUGCUGAGGGAGACCCAGCGAGGUCGGCCUCUCGAUUUUUACACCAACACUCGAGCCAUCAGCACCGAGGUGUGACCCCCUUUAAAACUCCCCCGACACCACUUAAAUACACACAGACACCGCUUUCUUCACUUACACACACCAGCACCAUCACUAACAAUACCACAAACAUAAUUUUGAAUGCAGCUGCCAGUGAGGAUCAGCUAGAUGAAGUCCACUGUUGGUGGAGGUUAUCACAUUUAUUUAGGGUUUGGAGGGUUUAAAGUAAAGACUGUCUAGGACAACUGCUGAAAACUCAAAUUUUGUGACAAGCAGGGAUUAUUUCAACCCUAGUUCCUUACUUUAACCCUUGAAGUCUUCUUGUUCACUGAGAUAAUAAUUCUGUGAUUGAUGGUAGAUGAAACUGUAUGUUUGUGUCUUUAUUCUCCCACAUGAGGGGUAUGGUUGUAAACUUGUAAACUCUAUGUUGACUGUGACUGUCUUUACAGUCUUGACUGAGGGCUAUUCUAGAUCAUUGACAGUAUGAUUUUCACCUGCUACACAUCUUCCUAA